AUGUUAUACAUCCAUGCUACUAUAAUCACCGUCAAUCCGGAUCGUGAUAUCAUCACGGACGGAGCAGUGCUUGUUCGUGAAAAUCGCAUCAAAGACAUUCAGAAAACCAGUGCUCUUCUUGGAAGAUAUCCGGACGAGGAACGGUAUGACCUUACUGGACACAUUAUCAUCCCGGGUCUUGUGUCAACCCACCUCCAUACCAUCCAAACAUUGUUUCGUGGCACUGCAGACAGUCUAGAGCUCAAAUCAUGGCUUUGCAAGCGCAUCGUGCCUCUGCAAAAAAGUGCCACCGUAGCCGAUGCCAUGGUCGCAGUUCAAUUGAGCGUUGCCGAGCUGCUAAAGUCAGGAACAACCUGCUUUCUGGAGAGCAUGGUGAGCGGCUUGGGUAUCCAUUUCUUCGGAUCAACGAGUCUGAUAUUGGCGCCUCUAGUUCUUCCCUCGUCACGAUUUUGA